CUGCACCGCGGCGGUCCUCUGCCCACCACGCAGCCCGCGGCUCCCGACCCCCGGCUCGGUCAUGUCGCCUACCGGUCGUCUGUGUCUCCUCAGCCUCAUUGGCCUGGUUCUGCCCACCAGAGCAGGACAGAUAUCGAAGGAGACCGUAUCCUUCCCCGCAACCGAACCAAACACAACAGACAGCCAUGUCCUGACUCAAGUCCCAGAUACUGGCCACCCGGAACUCCAGUCUGUUUCUCAGGCCUCCACUCAAAAGACCAGGGAAACAACACAGACCCAGACGCAGGCCCAGACGCAGGCCCAGGCUCAGACCCAGGCUCAGACCCAGCGACCAAAGAAGAUGGAUGAUCUUCUGACCGCAGGGGCAAAGAUGCCCAUGAGAGACAAGAAAGGGUCGGGCAAGGUCAUGGACGACGCCUUCUCCUACGACGAGGCCACCCUCCGGAAGCGGGGGCUGUUGGUUGCAGCCGUGCUGUUCAUCACUGGCAUCCUCAUCCUCACCAGUGGCAAAUGUAGACGGCUGUCCCGCGGGUGCCGGAAUCCUCGCAGAUGAGCCCGUCCUAAGUGAGGAGGCGGGGCCUGAAAGCUUAGUGGGCAUCCCGACCCCGAGCCACACCUCCGUCAGCUCUCCAUGCCCGGCCAUCUUGCUCCUUUCCUGGAGCCUCCAGAGCGGUCACAGAAGAAGACACAGAUGGAGCCAGAACUUGAACUGGUGUCCCCAAGUCCCCCACCUACCCAGAUCUGCUCUUGAAGGUUUUGCUCCCAAGUUACCCAUUCUGUUCAGACCCAAAGUAAAGCCUUGUGGCCCCUG